CUUGUGAUCUGACGUUCUCGUCUCCAUUGUUGCCAAUUCCAUGUUUGAUGACGUACAGACUACCUCCUAUGUAGAAGCUACCGACUUAUAGCCUCGAGCUGUCAUUGAAUUGAAAAAGAAAAAAAACAAGGUUGCUCUCCACCCUACAUUAUGUAUAGUACAAGGUACCUUCAUAAAUAAAUACCAUGUAGGAUAACCUGACCAUCUACCUCGAUAUUUUGAUGUAGAGACGAGCGGUUAGCCCACGAUGCCAGUACGCCGAUCAAGUCAUCCCGAUAAAGAGACUCGAACAAAUGGCUUCUUUGCUGCGCCAGAUCGUCGCAGGACCUCGCGCCAGACAUCCUGAAGCAGGGUUAGAUCUCUGUUAUGUCACAGAUAAUAUAAUCGCAACGUCCGGUCCCUCUCAGACAUACCCCCAACGUGCCUAUCGCAAUCCGCUAGACCGCCUUGUCGAAUUUCUCGAUUCUAAGCAUGAGAAGAACUGGGCAAUAUGGGAGUUUCGCGCCGAAGGUACCGGCUAUCCGGACGAGCUCGUUUACAACCGGAUUCGACACUAUCCCUGGCCGGAUCACCAUCCACCCCCGUUCAGGCUGGUACCGAUGAUCAUUGCGAGCAUGAGGAACUGGCUGAACGGAAACGACCUCGACGCUGAUAAUGUGGAGACUCCCGGCGAAAAGAAGCAUCUAGUUGGAAAGGUCUUGGAUACAUGGAAAGAUAAGAAAGCUGGCCGGGUGGUUGUUGUGCAUUGUAAAGCCGGCAAGGGUCGCAGCGGCACGAUGGCUUGUAGCUAUCUCAUUGCUGAAUGCGGCUGGACUCCGGAGCAGGCACUUGCGAGAUUCACAGAGCGAAGAAUGCGACCUAAGUUUGGCGCAGGCGUGACUAUCCCGAGCCAGCUACGAUGGAUAGGAUACGUCGAUCGCUGGACUAAGGGAGGGAAGAAAUAUGUCGACCGAGAGUUGGAAAUUGUCGAGAUACAUGUUUGGGGGCUACGCUCUGGUGUCAAGCUUUCUGUUGAAGGUUACGUGGACGGAGGCAAAAAGAUCAAGAUCUUCCACACGUUUUCCAAAAAAGAGCGAGUCAUAGUUGAAGGUAAUGCACCAGGCGACACCGGAGUUUUGGAUAUGAUAUAUGAUAUGGCCGGCUAUGGGAUUAACUCUAGAACGGGUCAGGAAACCCUCGACGAAGCAAAGCGAACCGAUGAAGUAAAUGAUAAUGAGUCUGCAGUGACGCCCCCUAAGCAGACCUCACAGUCGCCAGCAUCAAAACUAAAAAGGAAGCCGGUCCCGAAACUUAUUUCCAGUCCCCCUCAGAGUUCAUCUACUGAAUCCGUACAUUCUGCCCGUAGUAUGCCCGAAACCAGCCCCCAAUCCAAACCCACGAUCCCCACCAGUUCAUCUUCGUCAACUUCUAAGAACGAUGCUGACAUCGAACCUGGAGGCAUGGCCGUCAUUUUUAAGCCUCACAAGCCGAUUAGAUUACCUAAUAGCGAUGUGAACAUAUGUAUCGAACGACGCAAUCGUACGCCCGCCGCAAUGGGAUUCACCAUGGUCACUGCCGUAGCACAUGUGUGGUUCAAUACCUUUUUCGAGGGUAACGGGCCUGAACAGGACGGCAAUCCAGAUUUGGACGGAGUCUUUGACAUCGACUGGGAUAAACUGGACGGAAUAAAAGGGUCAAGCCAAAAAGGCACACGUGCUGCUGAUAGAAUCGCGGUGGUGUGGAGAUCUGUCGUGUCAGAAGGUGAAGUGAAGGAAACAGUCAUGCCUAUGCCCAGCAUCAACGCACCUGUUCCGCAGAUGCCAGCCGCCGACUGGAAAGGCGGUAACAACGAGGAUCCGUACAAUGAAAGAAAUCUAGGUUUACGAGUACAGAGUCCCGAUAGCGCAGAUGUCAGUCAAGCUAGCAGCAUCAAGGACGAAGCUGCCGGGGAUGUUAAAAGUAAUAAUGAAGAAACUCAAGACGGUAUCGUAGCUACAAAAUCUAAUAUGAAAGGAGAAGAUGAUGGAAACCUGGAGGGCACAUCUGAGUAUGCUAUGGAAAUGGCUGGGGGGAAGCAGAGCAGUGACGAGCAACUUGCCGCAUACAUGGACAAGCUGCCUAAACCUGAAGGCGGUGGGAAAUAACACGGAAAGUUAUGAUAGAUCGUCGUCGCUUGUUAAUAUGGAUAUGAAUUGACCGCAGCAUCGUGACA